UUGGCUGUGAAUGGCGACUGGGAAGAAGCAGAAAAUGGCGGCAAAAUUUUAUUAGAUUUCUUUGUUAUGGUUUGAGGUUUUUCUGGCGAUUUCUGUUGCUUUAAUUGUAAACCAUGGCAUCCUUAUUUGGCGACGAUGGUGUGGACGAUCUGUUUAACGACAACCUGCCAAUGGACCAGGAUCAGCUCCCCAGCGAUGGCGAGGGCGAGAAACUCUUCGCCGACGAUGAGGACAACAAUGAAAAUGCUGGAGAACCCGGAGAAGAAAAAGGCGAGAAAGUCGAACCGAAGAAGCGAGCGGUUCGGAAUCCCCGGCCCCGUCUCACUGUGGACACACUGCGUGGUCCCCGCGGCAUUCAGACUAUUGAGGACUACUAUAAAGACAUCAAAUUUAAUGGUCGGGGACAUGAGAAAACUGAUCUCGACGAGAUCUUGCGUCGUCUGCAGCACUGGGGGCAUCGGAUGUAUCCCACCUACACCUUUGACGACGUGCUGAACAACAUCGAGAGGCUGGGCAAGAAGAAACCUCUACAAGUGCACAUGACUCGAUAUCGAUUGGGCCAUUUGGAGGAUAUGCGCGCCCACGAAGCGGAAGCAAUGGAGGACGCCCAGGACGAUCAGCUGGACGGCGGAGCCGGGGACGAGCCCUUCGACGAGUUUGAUGCCCUGCUGGGCGAACAGAUAGCCAUGUCGAAGCUGGCUGCACCUCGCACUCCCCAUCAGAGGAGCAUGUCUACUGCCUCCGUUGGCACCAACAGCACUUUGGUCACUCCAUCUUUCUCUCGAGGCAAUGCUGUCAUGUCCACGCCGUACUCUGCCGCGGGAAAUGCUGCUCCCACCUUUGAUCGAAAUGGAGCUCCCUUAAGUUCAGCACGGUUGACUACUUUGGACAUUAGCGAUUAUGGGCAACCACUGCCUCCUUCGCAGCCUCCAACGCCCUCGGCUAAGAAAUUAUCCAACGAACAGAUGGCCAGGAUUGCAGAGAACAGGCGGCUGGCUCAGGAGAGGCUUAAGGCUAAGCAACAGCAGGAGAACGCCAGCUAACUAACUAUUAAUAAAUAUAUAGCAUUUAAGAUAUUUAAGUCUAAAGGUAAAGAGAACUCUGAAUGUACAUAAGAUUUAAAUAUAAAGCUUUGGCCUUUGAA